AUGGGACUUAAUGUGAAUAACUUAGGUGGUGGCAAUGCUGGAAAUAAUCAACAAGGGGGUAAUAACAACCAACAAGGGAAUAAUAAUGGACAAAAUGGAGGUAGCAAUGGUGGGCACAAUGGAAAUGGAGGAGGACAGGUGGCAGAUAAUUUUGAGUCUGUUUUCCCAUUCUAUGGCCCCGAAAGUUCAGAAAAGAGUCCUGACUUUGACUGGAAAAAAGGGCCUGACAGUGGUGGCGCUCUGACGGCACUCUGGGGAGGAGAGGCAGAGGGGCGGAGAGGGAGCGACGGUGGAGAGGAGGGCUUCAGCGGGCGGGGGCAGUGGCAAGGACAACAACAACGGUGGCGGGCAGUAGCGAUUGCAGGGAGAGCAGGCGCCGACGAUGAGAAGGGGAAGCCGGUGGGAAGCCGGUGGGGGCCAGAACUGACAGGUCUGGUCGGCCAUACUGACAGCCGGCGACCGAACUGUUAG